AUGUCUACCUCAAUAGCAGAGCCGAUGAGCGAGGCUCCUAUCCCAACUCAUGCAGCCUCUGAGCGCCAUUCCGAAUCAGGUGCAAUCAUUCGGGACAUGACCAUUGGCUUUGCUGAUGGCAUGACCGUCCCUUUUGCCCUUACGGCCGGUUUAUCAAGUCUUGGAUCCUCAAAAAUUGUUAUCAUCGGUGGCCUCGCAGAAUUGUUUAGCGGUGCUAUAUCAAUGGGACUUGGUGCUUAUCUAGCAGCUGUCACCGACCGAGAUCACUACAAAAGUGAGGAAGCGCGCGAGCGAGAAGAAGUUCUCACGAAGCCCGGGGCGGAAAAAGAAGAGUGUUAUGAGAUUCUCGACGGCUAUGGCAUCUCCAGAGAAGCAAGCCAGUCUGUGGUUGAGUGCCUCACUCGGGACAAUGAGCAGUGGAUUCGGUUUAUGAUGGACUUUGAAUUGAAACUUGAGAAGCCCAACGUCUCACGAGCAUGGAUAUCAGCAGCUACCAUGGGCAUUUCAUACUUCAUUGGUGGCCUCCUCCCUAUGAUCCCAUACUUCGCUACGAAGAAUACUAACCACGCUCUCUUCAUUUCGAUCGGCAUCACCGUCGUCGUAUGCAUCACUUUUGGUUUCCUCAAGAAUUACGCGAUCCUCAAAACCAAACGCGCAGGUCUAUACGGCGCUGCACAAACACUACUCGUGGGUGCGCUUGCUGCGGGCACGAGUUAUGGUAUCGUUUACGGGGUAGAUCAUAGUGGUCUUGCUUCAUAG